UGCGCGCACGCCGCCAGUUGAAAGACUAGCGCCGGACGCCCAACGCGCUCCGCCCAACACCACAAAUACUUUAUACUUCGAUAAUUAUAUUUGUAGUACUGAAAUUUGAGUAAGCGUCCCCCUGGUUUAACUAAGUGAUGGUGAAAGCAAAAAUAAUAUGUGAAUAAAUGUGAUAUGUGCUUGGAUAAAGUCCAAAAGAAGUGCAUUGUGUACCUUAUUUGUGCAAGGGCGGCUGCCCUUCAUAUGCUGAUUUGUAAAGAAUGUGUUGGACUAGGAACCAAAGAUGAAUAAUGGUACAAGGAGGGCAUUGACUGGUUCUAUCCAUAAAGUUAGGGAAUUUGAGCUAGAAAAAGUAAGUUUGGUUGAAGAGUUUGAUAUAUUGCAAAUUGUUGGUGAAGGAUGGUUCGGAAAAAUUCUCCUCGUGGAGCACAGGGCUUCAGACACAGAAAUUGUGUUGAAAGCCUUACCAAAACCAUAUGUCUCGAUCAGAGAUUUCUAUAGAGAAUUCCAUUAUAGUUUACAUUUAAGUGCACACAAGAACAUUGUCACCACCUUCGAUGUCGCAUUUGAGACUGCUGGAUUUUAUGUAUUCUGUCAAGAAUAUGCUCUUUUGGGUGAUUUAACUUCAAACAUGCUCGAUACCGGAAUCGGUGAAACUCAUACUAAAAGAGUUGCGAAACAAUUAUCUGCUGCAUUAGAACACCUACACCAAAGAGAUUUAGUUCACAGAGAUGUAAAACUUGAUAACAUUCUCAUAUUCAAAUCAGACUUUUCAAGGAUAAAGCUUUGUGACUUUGGUGAAACGAGAAAGGUACAAUCCAUCGUAAGACGAAGAAAUGAAUGGUUACCCUAUUCGCCUCCGGAAGUUUUGAAGUUAUCUAUGGAUAGUAGUUAUAAGGCGUUAAUUACGCAUGAUGUUUGGCAAUUUGGUAUAGUUAUUUUCAUUUGCCUCACUGGUUGCCUACCCUGGCAGAAAGCGGCAUUUGAUGAUCCUCGUUACACAAGUUAUUACAAUUGGUACAGCAGUUCCAACCCGUUGAAGAAACAACCAAAGUUGUGGAAAAUGGUGUCGUCUAGGGCACAGAAAAUGUUUAAGAAGUUUAUUGAGCCACGAGAAGAGAAAAGGGCGACUAAUUUUAUCGAGCUCUCUCGUUAUUUAGAUGAUCGGUGGAUGGCGAAAGGCUAUACUGAUAGAGUUGCCGGCGAGGAUAUAGAUGAGCUGUGUCCGUCAAUGUAUAGUUUUCAUAGUGAUCCAAAUGAGAAAAAUAUACUGCUAAAACAUUUUAGAGACCAUGGUAUAGAAACGACUGUUGAUAGACAAGCUAAAAAGCAAAGGAUACGGGAGUGGAUACAGAACAGCGUCAUCGAAGAAGCGGAUGAAGAGGAGGAGAGUGCUUACGAGGCGAAUACUUAUGAUGAUAGUGAUGUCGAACUGGAACAUAAAGCAAGGCGAUAUCCUCUAGACGAAAGCAAAGUUACAUUGCGCUUUGAUACUGAGAAACACAUAAACCCAAGAACGGGUGAAGUUAUUGAAGGUGUGAAACAUCAACCGGCCGAGAAAAAUCCCUUGUCUUACGACGUUCAGAAUAUAGAACCGGUAGCACCGGCAAACGUAGUGCGACGAUAUGGAAUUAAAGAAGAAAGUUCUUCUCACAGUUCUACUAAAGAUAGUGCUUAUGGAUCAAUGGAAGUAAAAGUAAAUACGCCUUCGCGAACUUCUUAUAAAAAUGAUCAUAAACCGCUUCCAUCAGUUGACAAUAGUAUCAACAAUUCACCAAGUCGAUCUCUGAGUGCGACGUCUAUUAAUUAUCAGAACAAAUCACCAAUGACUGCUCAUGCGCAGAGAUUCCAGAGAAGUGAAGAAGUAUAUUUAAAGGAAUUGGAAAGCAUGAAAGGAAGUUCGUCAACUUUACACUCAUUAGGGAAUUCGUCAAGAUCGAACAGUAAUCAAACAACUAGAAACAGUUCUUUCGAUACUCCAUCAGUUACUAGUAGUGAAGUACAAGCUCCGAAUGAUGCCCUGGCAGUGCCUACAGUUCCUAAUAAUGUAGUUAUUACGCAAAACGGUUAUAAAGUGGAUAAUAAUCGUCAAAACAAACCAUCUUACGUGUCAAUGAAAAGCACAGUUUAUGAUAAUUUUCCUAUUCGCAGUGAAACAAGUACCGCAGAGAACAAUACAGUUAACCAACAGAUAGCCGGAAGUCCAUAUUCGUCAAUGAUGAACAUCGUUCAAGGCCAAAUAAAAAUUAGCCCGCAUGGAAAUGAAAUCAAUAGAAAUAUAGUUAAUGUAUCGGUUACGCCUGUUAGUCGUAAUAAAAAAGUCUAGUUUUGCUCAAUUAUUAAAACCAUACAAGGUUUUUAAUAUUUACCUGUGUUGAAUUUAUUCGAAAUAAUAUUAUCCAUAGUGUAAUAUUUGCAUAGUCCUUUAAAUCAACCCACGUAAUGAAUAAAAGUCGCAUUAUUUAUUUUUGACUCUAGAAACUACAUCAAAAAACAAAAAAUCUUAUAAGAAAAAUAAAGAUUGGAAAAAAUAUAAAAUGUCUUCCUCGUCAUUAUAAUUUAUGCCUUUUGAGGCUGUGAUUAUAUAACAAGUUCCCUGAUUAGUUAAACCUACACUAGCUAAGCAAACUUUACAAUAUUAAUUAUUUAGGUGUUAGAAUAUAUUAGGUAUUUAAAACUUUAUACCUACUUAUAUUUAAGGUAGAAUAAAGACAAAUAUCUGUAUUUAAGUUAAUAUAAUGUAUAAAAUAAAUUAUGUUAAAGAUGUA